AUGAGUCGUUCAGCGGUCGCCGUGCCAUCAAACACACAGGAAGGUGAUGUCAACACCAUAGUGACCAACCUGGCCAAUCAAGACAAAGUGCCAUGGUAUCAGAAACGAAACCUACGAAAUCUUUACUUUAUGCUGAUCCCGACAUGUAUGGGUAUUCAGAUGACAUCCGGGUUUCACGCCCAAAUGAUCAAUGCUAUGCAGAUAUUGCCGUCAUGGAUCAGCUACUUUGGCAAUCCCCAAGGAUCUCUGAAGGGCAUUAUCGCAGCUGCAUAUCCUCUAGGUGCUAUUAUGUCACUGCCGUUGAUACCUAUCAUCAAUGAUCGAUUCGGAAGACGUUGGUCCAUCUUCAUCGGGUCAUUCAUUAUGGUCAUCGCAUCCUUGGUACAGGGAUUCGCUAAUUCUGCUGGUUCUUAUAUUGCUGCACGUUUGAUCCUUGGCUUCGGGAUUCCGCCGUGCUUGGUAGCGGGCUCCUCCCUAAUCGGAGAAUUAGGAUACCCAAAGAAGGAACGAGCGGUUUUGACAUCGCUUUUCAGUGUUUCGCACUUUAUCGGUCAAAUUACUGCAGCCGGCAUUGUCUUCGGUACCAAUGGCAUAUCGUCCGAUUGGGGUUGGCGAAUCCCGUCACUCCUCCAGAUCGCCCCGCCGAUGAUCCAGCUCUGCUUUGUAUUUUUCGUUCCUGAAAGCCCAAGAUGGCUUGUCGCCAAAGACCGCAGUCAAGAGGCCCUACAUACUCUAGUCAAGUUCCACGCUGAGGGACAAGAAUCUGACUUUGUCAAGGCGGAAAUGGCACAGAUCCAGUCAACGUUACGCAUCGAGAUGCAAAACACCAAGAGAUCAUGGCUUGACCUUGGCGCAACUUCAGGCAUGCGAAGACGUUUGCUGACGACCUGUAUGUUAGGCCUGUUCACGCAGUGGUCUGGAUCGACUCUUAUCUCAUACUACCUCGGCGACCUGCUGCAGAUCACGGGCAAUGAUUCUUCCUAUUUCAAGCAGACUAUCAACGUUAGCUUGUCUUGCUGGAGUCUUGUAUGCUCGUUCACAGCGUCAAUGCUCGUUCGUCGGUUCAAACGUCGACAUAUGUACCUAGCCUGUACCAUUAGUUUGCUCAUCUGCUUUUCCACCUACACCAUUAGCAUGGAGAGGACAAUUACAGCAAAGGAGAACGGGGGAUCCAACGAUGCUGCUGGUGCGGCUAGCAUUUUCCUAUUAUUCGCUUAUUCACCUUGUUACUGUCUCGCCCUCAAUACAGUUACAUACACAUAUCUUGUUGAGAUCUGGCCCUACGCUGAGAGGUCUCGUGGUAUAGCUGUUUUCCAGCUCUUUGCACGUUCUGCAGAGUUUCUCACCACCUUUGUCAAUCCAAUUGGUCUUGCAAAUAUAAGCUGGCGGUAUUUCAUCAUUUACUGUUGCAUUCUUGCGUAUGAAGUUGUUUUUGUGUACUUCUUCUUCCCAGAGACUGCUGGUAGAACGCUUGAGGAAGCAACAUUCUUAUUUGAAGAAGAGAAGUCAUUAGCUGUAGAGACUAUACUUGCAGUGGAGAGCUCAACUGCCACAGAGCUUAUGGCAAGGGACUCUAUUGAGCGCAGAAAUGCAGGAUCUGGGACAAAGAAGUUAGCGUAA